GUUAAAGUCGCCGCAAAUCCAGACCAGACUCUCAGUCAGUAAUCGUAAACGGGGCUGAUGAAAGUUAGCUUGUUUUAGCUGUUUUUGUCCGGAUAGUACCGAAUUAUACUGGUACGGCUAAACGGUAACUAGGUAUUUAUGGUAUUCCUUUAAGUCCCUCCACCGAUAGAGGAGACGUUCAUACAAGCAGCCCCAUUUUAAACAUAAUCUUAACAGGUUUUUAGUCAGUCUUACUCAGUGAUUCCUUACGAAAGAUAACAUGAUUUUCGUAAAGCAGUCCUGCAAAAAAUCCUCCCUUCAUGAGAGUUAUAAUGUUCCGUUUUUGAUCAAACAGGGUUAGGGAGGUGUUGUUGCAACUGUAUGAUCAUUUUGGAGGAUGUAGUUUGUGGAGCUGUUGAACUGUAUUGCAUUAUAGAGAGAGAUGUCUCUGCUAUUUGGCCUCACCGAUAUAAAUGACACAAACUGGACUUUGUAAUCGUCCUGAACGUAGGAUUUAUUUACUGCAGGACUGUUGUGUAAGACUGCAUUAGGUUUAGCUAGAUGUACCGAAUAAACUGCCAACUGAAAAUGCAAGGAUGGAUUAUGGGAAAAUGGGCCCCCGGGCACAGAGAGGUGUGGGGAAAACCACUCUAGUCCAGAAAGCUUGUGAGGCUUUAGUGUCAUCAGGAGCGGGAGUUGAAGGGUUUUACACAGAGGAGGUCAGGGAGGGAGGGCGGAGAGUCGGCUUUGAUGUCGUCACCGUGACAGGAGAGAGGGGCCACCUGUCCAGAAUCAGAGACGUUGCUGGUGCGUCUCAUGGCAGACGGGAAUACACAGUUGGGCAGUAUGUGGUUGAUUUGCCUUCAUUUGAAAACCUGGCUCUCCCCCUCUUCAGAAACGUAGGGUUGGCAGAUGGGGGCAGCAGGAAGGUGUUUGUCAUCGACGAAAUUGGCAAAAUGGAGCUCUUCAGCCAGUCGUUCAUCAGGGCAGUGCGACAGACUUUAGAUAGCUCUUCCUGCACCAUCCUGGGCACCAUCCCCAUCCCCAAGGGGAAACCACUUGAUCUCGUGGAAGAGGUGCGGAGCAGGAGAGAUGUCAAGGUCUUUGCUGUGUCUAAGGAGAACAGAAAUGCUGUUCUACAAGACAUUUUAGCAACAGUACGAGAAUGUCUAAAACAGACAACCUAACACGGAGAUUCAGAGCCAAUAAAGGGGAAGAAACCUGCAGUUCGUGUGCCCUUUUUGUGCUGACAGCAAGUUUUAUUUGUGUCAAUGCAUUUACAGUACACACAGCCAGACUGUUCAGUGGAUCUACACGUGCUAUAUAACAGGGUUGUGACCUGAACUGAAGGGCAUCCAAGCUGCUGAAAGAGUUAGUGUGUCACAUGCAUGCAUUUAUGUACACAAUUCAUUUUUUUCAUCCCCGUACAGCCUCAAAAUGGAUUGCAUGCUGAAUAAUUGAUUGUGAGAUGGAACACAGUGGGGGAAUUGUUCAGUUAGUGUGUAAGUACCCAGGGUUUUCAGAGUCAAAGACUACUUAGUGCUCAAAACAGCUGUGUUUUAUUUUUUUAUGUAGCUGUUGGUGUUAUAGAGACUCCAGCAGCCAUUUCUCAUUUUGAGUGUAUAAUAUUUAUUCAUCCACAAAGACAAGUGUUGCUAUUUUUCUGUUUCAUUGAGCUCUUUGCUAUGUGAGCCUCCUUUGUGUUUGUCUUGUCAAUCUGAGGAUGUGCUCAUUGGAUAUCAAUAUUUAACAGUAUAACUAUGUCCAAUCCUUUUAUGAUUUAUUCAUCCACUAGCAUGAACAAAAAAUUAAAAAAUAAAGAGUUACUGUCUUUCAA